CGAGGCAGCCACCAGCACGACAGCCACAACGCACUCAGCCAUACCAGGUGGUCACUUCAACUUCACUGGUCUGUGUAGAGGAGUCGGGGGCAGACUAAUGACCACUCCAACCACGGAAGUCACGCAGUAAUGCAGUUGUAGUACCAAGGCAGCAAGCUAUUGCGCCUCGUAAAGUUCUCACGUAAGCGGCGGCCGUCGCUCGCUUUCGCUUGUCCGUCGCGGUGCCGAUGGAGUCGCCGCGUGGCGCGGCGGCGUGAUCCGUCCUGUAACGUUACCGCCACUGUCACACGCUGCGUUUCGUCGUCAUCCUCGACAACAUCGCCUGGAUUAAUAUUCCCCGUCCCGCGGCUGCGACAGUUCCAUUAGUAGUAUCCGCCGCCCGCCGCCGUUCCCGCUGCUCCAGGUCUCCGGCGUGAGGCUGCGAAAGUAAAUAGUACUAUCCGCCGUUCCCAUAGUGUCGUCUCUAUUCCCAUCAAUCGCCCAUAGCUCCAUCGACAACCAAUGAUGGCGUCACCCCUCGCGCUUAAUCUCUUCUGCCUCGCUCUUAAUCUCUCCGCCUGCCACGUGACCCCUCCGCCCGGCCGCGCCAUCCCCGCUACGCUCCCCGGGUUUGGCCUUGGUUUUCCGGGUGGCGCAUUCCCGGGGGGUGGCGCAUUUCCGGCGGGGGGCGCACUCCGCUCCGCCCCCGCGGGGCCGCGCGCGUGCAGCAAGGCGGAGAAGGCGGAGGCUGUAGCGGCGCUGCUGGCGACGACUGAGGGGCUGCGCGCAUGGCGGGGGGAAGAUGCGCGGAUGUGCACGAGCGGCAAGGGCGCGUGCUUUCAGCCACAGCUCAUCGCCAGUGCUGCCCUCUCGCCCUUCCUCCCACCCGCCGCUUCCCGUGCUGCCGCCAGCAGCAGCAGCCGUGGGUACAGCGUGUGCCCCAAGCUGCUGCUGCAGAAGACAGACGCCCCUUUCCAAGUGCUGCAGCAGCCACUCCCCUCUAAACCGCCUCCUGCCAGCUCAAGAAGCAGCAGCAGCAGCAGCAGCAGCAUCCCGUGCACUGGUGUCUUCCCUCCUUCCUCCUCCUCCUCCUCCUCCUCCCCGCCCCUGCCUCUCCUGCCGUGCUCGCCUCGUCCCCUCCCCCCGUCCCUGCUGGACGCCAGCAUCUGUCUGCAGCUGGGCUCGCCAGCAGCAGAAAAGGCACACAGCAAGCAGAGGCACUCAGGGGGUGCUGCUGCUUCUGCUGACGCCAGCUCUUCUGCUGCUGCGUCUGCUGCUGCUGCUGCCGGCAGAAGCACUGGGGGCUCUAGAGGGGGGAGCAGAAGGGGGCGCAGGAGUAGGAAAAGGGGUAUGGAGGGAGAUAAGGCAGAGGCACGGGAGGAGGAGGUACCCAUAGCAGAUCGGAGGGAGGCGGGGAGGAGGGCGAGUGAGGGAGCAAGAAGGGGAGCAGAGAGGGCGGGGAGGGAAGGCGGAGGUGGGAAGGGCGCGGCAAGAGGAAGUGGCGAAUUGAAGGGCGAGGGGAGUGUGGCUGGGGCCAAGAGAGGCGAAGCGAGCAAGGGGCGGAGCGCACAGACAACCAGUGGUGAUGAAUCCGCUAUGGGGAGGGGUAAGGAGAAGGAGAAGCGCUGGAGGGAGGGUAAGAAGAGGCAGAGGGAUGAGGAGGAGGAGGAUGAUAAGGAGGAGGAGGAGAGGAGGGGGAGGGGGAACCGGGGGGAAGGGGUGAAGGAGAGGGGGAGGUCGGAUCCUGUGUCCGGGAAUGCGCAGAUGCUGCUGGCGCUGGCUGUGCAGCAGGUCAAUACUGGCAACUUUGAGCAAGCAGUCGACAUGUUUGGAACGAUGAUUAAGCAGGGAGCAAUGGUGCCGGCUGCUCUGGUCGGGAGGGGCACGGCGUACGCGCUGUGGGGCAAGCUCAAGACGGCCAUAGAGGACUACUCCAAGGCGAUCGAGGAAGAGCCGCGCAUGACAGAGGCGUGGAGGCGGCGAGCGCAGGCGCGCAUGGCAGACGGGCAGGCCGAAGCGGCGGUGGAGGACCUGAACCAUGUGGUGGAGCUGGAGCCCGACAACCUGCAGGCAUACAACGAGAGAGCGAUGGCGCACAUGAGGGCGAAGGCGAGCUGGGAUGCGGUGAGGGACAUCAAGUACGUGCUCCAGGAAGACCCCUCCAACGCCUUCGCACGCAUCCACCUGGGCCAGGCGUACCUCUCCGGUGGCGACUGCGACUUGGCAGUGGGGGCGUUCCAAGAAGCACUUGAGGGGGACAGAAACAACAAGGAGGUGUGGCUGCAGCUCGCGCAGUCGCAGCGCGAGCUGGGGCACGUGGGCGACGCCGAGAAGAGCUACCUCAAGGCGUUCAGGAUCGACCCCCGUCACCCGCAGGCGUACCGCGUGUACAGCGCGUUCAAGCAUGCACUGGGGGACCACAGGACUGCGUUGGCAGUGGCGCGGCAGGGCCUGCAGCUGGUGCCGGACGACCUGGACAUGCGGUACAUCGAGGCCUCCUCCGUGCACGCCCUUGGACUCUUCUCUGAAGCGGUGCAACUGUACGACAGGAUACUUGGGCUGAACUUCCCCCCGGACGAGGACAGGACCAAGCAGUUCCAGUCCUUCUACCAGAGGGAGCUGACGUGCUACGUGGCCAUGCGCAGGCAUCGGCCAUUGUCAGCCCUCAAGAUAGACGACGAGCUCAGUCCCCACUUCAAGGAGGGGUGGAGCAAGCGCAUGCCGCCGAUGGUGCUGUUCCCCGGAUACGAGAUGCAGCCGCUGCUGCAGGUGGCGCGCCUGCCGCCCUCCGAGAACGGUGGUUACCGCGUAACAUUCUCGAAUCCCAUGCGCUCGCUGCUGCUCGCAGCGGAGAAGCUCGGCUCGCUGGUGAAAUAUGACUGGCAGGGCUUCUUGCCAAACAAGCGCCAGUACCGCAUGGCGGGGCUGGCUAUGAUGGACAUUCGGGACAUGGUGCGCCGCACAUGGCAGCGCAUGGCGGACGAGAGGGCGCGAGAGGCGGCAGGUGGUGCUGGCGCGGGUGGUGCUGCUGGUGCUGGCGGUGGUAGCGGCAGUGGCAGCAGACGUGGGCGAAGAAAACAGCAACGGCAACAACAGCUGCAGCAACAGGAGCAGGCGGAGCAAGAGGGGGGAAGGCAGGCGGAAGGGAAUGACCAAGAACGGCAUAGCAAGCAGCAGGAGGAGGAGGAGGAGAAGCAAUCCCGGGGGCGUGGGAGGAGGCAGGAGCGUGAGACGGAGCCAAGGAAAGGGGGAGGGAAGGAGGAGGUGAUAGGCGGGUGGCGGGAGAUCUACGACCGCGUGGUGAAGUGGCGACAGCUGGGGGAGCCAGUGGACCCUGUGGUGUGGAUCGACAAGCUCACUGCCAAGGAGUUUGAGGAGGGCUUUGGGUCGGUGACAGCCAUGCUGGUGGGGCAGAUGAAGAACAGCCGCUACUACUUUGUCUAUGACCGCGCGCUGGACAUCAUGAAGGGGCGCAUGGUGCAGGAUGGGGUGUGGAACGGCUACAAUGUGCCGGUCACAAUCACACCGGAGAUGAGGGCACAGAUAGAUGCAGCGACAACAGCAGAGGAGCUGUGGAAAGUGAUAGGGGAGGACUACUGGGUGGUCACUCCCUGCUACAGCACCGCCACUCCCGGCUUUGUGAUGAACGGCACUCGCCUCACCAUGGUUCGCACCCCCACGUAUUUUGACUUUGCCAUCAAGACACCUGGCACGCCUCCCCGGUGGAAGGAAUACGACCACGAGAUGGAAACUGCCUGGAAGGCGCUCUGUACAGCGUACCUGGACUUUGCUCUGAGGGACAGCAACCUUGCAGAGUACCGCCACCGCAUUCACCGUGCCAUCUUCUCCCUCGCCUUCUACUGGUAUAACUUCAUGCCUCUGGCACGCGGCACAGCCAUGGUGGGGUAUGUGACCAUGCUGGGGCUCUUCCUCGCAGCGGACAUGCAGGUCACAGCUCAUGUGCCUCGGGGACUCCAGGCGGAUUGGGAGGGCAUCUUAUCCCCACACCUGGACUCCUUUAUAGCUGCUCUGUCCCCCUGGCUUGUGCCCUCCAUCGACUAUGACUGCCCUGUCCUGGCCAACCUCCCAUCUGUCCCCGUUACUGAGUCCCUCCCCUCCCUCCUGCACAUUAUUAAUGCUCUUAGCUUCUACGACCAACCUGCUCCUCCCAUCACGUGGCCAUCAUUGCAGUAGCAUUCGUUAGGGUGACAAGGCACUUUUUGGGUUGCAGAACAAGCGUAUGGCAUAAGAAAUUUACAGAACCACUUAGGGUGUAUUCCUACAUUGUAGGAUCUACACUGAAGUAGGACCUAAUGUAAUUAGAGCCUGUAUAGGCCCCUAGACAUCAGGCUUUUACGCUGAUUCAGCCCUUUUUCAUGGUUUGGGAAUAGGGUGACGCCGAUUUAACACGUUAUCUUGAAAGGUCGAAGUA